GUUCAUAUUUAAUAGCAAACGCGGUAGAGAGACGGAAACUAUGCAUGAGACAUCUGGCACAGUUUAAAGCAUCCCGAGUAUUCACGACUGCGGCGCAAACAAAACCGUCACUGCAAUCCGUAAACUCGACUAUUGAGACAUCGUUACCAAAAAGGAAUCAAUUCACACAGGAAGAAAUAGAGAUUGCGGCACAGUUAGAGCCAACAGUAUUUAAUGACCACGGAAGCAGACGACAACAACCAGCAUUGAGACAAACAAAUGAAUAUCCUACGACCAUGACAACACUAAAUGAGCAGGCGAAAAAAAUUUUAGGCAUACACCCUCCAAUGUAUAGAACAUAUGACGCGAUAAUAAAAAGGUAUCACAGAUUGGCAACAGAACAAGGAUGGACAAACAGCAAUGGAGCAAUAUGGCCUAUAUCAAAAGAAAAUUUAAUAAAGUUUAUCGCUUACUUACACAAAAACGUGACACCACAAACUAUAACAUCCUAUUUAUCCGCCCUUAAGCAUUAUCAUACCAUGAAUCAGAUCGAAUGGAACGAAGUUCGGUAUGACCCUUUAGUAAAGCAACUCUUGAAGACAAUAGAAGGCGGUCACAUGUUUCACCCGGUGCGCCAGAAAGAGCACAUUACAAGAACACAGUUACAAAGAAUGCGCAAUAGCUUAAACUUCGGCAACACAGAAGGUAUAUUGUUUUGGUCGAUAGCACUGGUAGCAUUUUAUGGCCUGGCCCGGUUAGGAGAGUUACUACCACAGUGUCAGCAAGGAAUGCAUAAAAUACUGAAGAUACAAAGC